GUGUGGAGUUGUGCAUGCCAUACAUAUACGCAAGUGUUGCAUCGGCACAUGAAAACAACAAAAUAUGGUACUUAAUUGGGCUAAAGAUCUUGCUUUGGGAGCCGUAUCAGUUGUUUCGUCGAAACUAGAUUUCCGUCUCGACGAGAUAAUAGAAUUCUUCGCAGAAGAUCACAAAUAUGCUCACUUGAUGAAAGUUGAUGGACUCUCCACUCUAUCAAAACACAAUGCUGAAAGAUGUGAAUCUUCUAUUUUCGACGAGUACGGUUAUCAAUGGAAGUUGGUUUAUUUCCAAAGAGGAAAAGGUUCAAAUAAGAAUGUAUCCCUCUACGUUGAGAUGGAAGACGCAGAAUCUUUACCUGCUAAUCGGUCCAUACUUGUUGAUCUCCAUUUCUUCAUAAUUUCUCAGUCGGGACUUGCAUGGCUACCACGUGACUAUAAUAAUGCCUACUUCAAUUCAUCAAACUCUAUGCGUGGAAUCGCAAACUGGAAGUCGUUCGAGCUUCUUUCUAUGGGGAAAUUUCUAGUGAACGACAGCUUAGUCGUCGGUUUCGAGAUCAAGAAUAUGAAACGCGGGAGUACACGUGGAGUUCCUCGACCUGUGGGCACAACCGAAUGUCUCAGGCUCAUCGAGAAGCCUCGCAACAACAAAUUCACGUGGAAGAUCACGAAAUUCUCCACGUUCAAACAAACCACUCAUCAUUCCAAUCCAGUCGUUGUCGGACAAAGGGAAUGGGUUAUAACGAUGUACCCGAAUGGAGCGAUGGAUGGACAUGGGAAUUCACUAUCCGUGUACUUGAAGCCGAUUGGCUAUAUACAGGAUGCUCCAAUGGCCUCGACUUUAGGGAAAAUCACUCUUCGAGCGUUGAACCAACUCGACGACGAUGAAGAUCUCGAAUAUCCUUUUGUCCAUUCGUUCGGUCCAUCGAGUCUGGGAUUCGGAGAAAGUCAGUUUCUGCCGUUCACGUCUCUCUACGAUGAAUCAAGUGGCUUUCUGGUGAACGACGUUAUAUAUAUCGGAGUCGAGUUCCACGUUAUAUCGGUCACCGAGGACCUCUGAUGAUAUCAACAAACAUAUGCUAUGUUAUGUAAUAAGGGUUUCUACUUUCCCCGAAACAAUUUCGGGUGUUUCUAAUUAGAUCGUGUUUGACAUGUAAUAAUACGCAUCGUGGAUGCCAAACUUUUAUUUAUCGUUUACUUUUAUA